AAUUUCUUUUCCUUCAUGUUGGAAAACUACACACAUGUAUAUGAGAAAGAUCCAGAAUUUGUAACUCGACUUUUUGGUACCACCGGCCAGGAUGACAAAGAUAGACAGGACUAUCUGGGGUUGAUAGACAUCCCAGACUCCUAUAGUGGUCCUCGACUGCAAUUUCCUCUCACUUUUACUGAUAUUGAUUUACUUAUUGAGGCCUUCAAGCAACAACAGAUACUUCAUGCUUAUUAUGUCUUAGAAGUGCUAUUUGAAAGCAAGAAAGUCCUGAAGCAAAUGCCGAAUUUCACUCACGUAAAAACUUCUCCCUCCAAACAGAUAACAGUCUGUGGUGAUUUGCAUGGGAAACUGGAUGAUCUUCUUUUGAUCUUCUAUAAGAAUGGUCUCCCCUCAGGGAGCAACCCAUAUGUUUUUAAUGGUGAUUUUGUAGAUCGAGGAAAAAAUUCCAUAGAGAUCCUAAUGAUCCUGUUUGUGAGUUUUCUUGUCUACCCCAAUGACCUGCACUUGAACAGAGGGAACCAUGAAGAUUUUAUGAUGAAUAUGAGAUAUGGCUUCACGAAAGAAGUUUUGCUUAAAUAUAAGCUACAUGGAAAAAAAAUCUUAGAACUCUUAGAAGACGUCUAUACCUGGCUUCCAAUUGGUACAAUCAUUGACAAUGAAGUCCUGGUCAUACAUGGUGGAAUAUCAGAGUCCACAGACUUGAAUUUACUCCAUCGUAUAGAAAGAAACAAAAUGAAAUCUGUGCUGAUGCCACCAAUUCCAAUAGAUGGAGACCAUUCUACUGACUUGAAGAAAAAUAAAGUAGGUACAACCACUAUGCCUCAGGGAAUCAGAACAAAUGGAUCCUUUUCUGAACAGUUAACAAAGCAUGAAUGGGAACAGGUUAUCGAUAUUCUGUGGAGUGAUCCCAGAGGCAAAAGAGGCUGUUACCCAAACACAAAUCGAGGAGGGGGCUGCUAUUUUGGACCAGAUAUUACCUCCAAGAUUCUUAAUAGAUACCAGUUGAAGAUGCUCAUUAGGUCUCAUGAAUGUAAGCCUGAAGGGUACGAAAUCUGCCAUGAUGGGAAGGUUGUUACUGUAUUUUCUGCUUCUAAUUAUUAUGAAGAAGGCAGCAAUCGAGGAGCUUACAUCAGACUGGGUUCUGGUACGGCCCCUCGAUUUUUCCAGUACCAAGUAACUAGGGCAACGUGCUCGAGGCCUCUUUACCAAAGGGUGAAUAUUAUUGAAAGUAGUGCCAUCAGGAUAUUAAAAGAGAGAAUGAUUUCACGAAAAACUGACCUCAUUCGUGCUUUCCAACUUCAAGACCGCAAUAAAUCAGGAAAACUUUCUAUGGGCCAGUGGGCUUUUUCCAUGGAGAAUAUCUUGGGGCUGAACUUACCGUGGAGAUCCCUGAGUUCGCAUCUGGUAACCACAGACAAAGAUGGAAAUAUUGACUACAUGUCCAGCUUCCAGGAUAUCCACAUUAAAAAACCUGUGAAAGAGGUUCAGUCUACUCUAAUUGAAACUCUGUACAGAUACCGAACUGACCUGCAAAUCAUCUUUAAUAUCAUUGACUCUGAUCACUCAGGCCUGAUCUCCAUGGAAGAAUUUCAUACCAUGUGGAAACUUUUCAAUAGUCACUACAGUGUUCAUAUUGAUGAUUCUCAAGUUGAUGAGCUCGCCGAAAGAAUGGACUUGAACAAAGAUGGAAGCAUUGACUUUAAUGAGUUUUUAAAUGCUUUCCAUGUAGUGCAUAAAUUUGAUAGGUUGCAUGAAUCAGACACUCAGCUUGCUUAACAAGAAUUAGGGCUUUCCCUCCUUGUGAACAGUUGGACUCAAAUCACUGACACAAUCUUUUCCAGGACCUUUGAAAUUCAGUCAGUAGUAGAGAAAAGUAGACCCCAAUCCACGUCACGAGCAUAUGUAUAGUGUGGGUAUUGGAAGUCCCUAGUAAGCUGUUAUUGGGAAGACUAGGUUAAAUGUCAGCCGAUAGGAUUUGGCUCCGGUGUUAGAACCCACACACUGCCAGGUAGAAACUGGGUUUGAGUCUAAUGUUGGUCUCUUGGAUGCUACCUAAACAGGAGACCAGAGCAGUUUGGAAAUAUAUUGAAAGGAACCCACAGAACACCAGAGAAAAGUGCAACAUCUGUGAGUGGCUGAGGGAUGACAGGAGGAAUACCAAACUAUUAAUGGAAUAAAAUAUU